AAGAGAUUAAAAAUGAAACAGUGGGACUUUUCCUCAAUAUUUCUGGUGAUCUUGGUAAUUUUGAGGGUAAUUAGGGCGGAGAAUGAGGGGUGGGUGAUGAUCAAUGGGACCCAUUUCAUGUUGGAAACUGGAGAACCAUACUACAGAAAUGGGUAUAAUGCUUACUGGUUAAUGACUGUGGCCUCUGACAUAAAUCACAGAAACAGAGUCACUGCACUUUUUCAACAAGCCUCAGACCAUAACCUCUUCCUUGCUAGAACUUGGGCUUUCAGUGAUGGGGGAGAUCAAGCCUUGCAGUCCUCUCCUGGCGUUUACAAUGAAACCAUAUUUCAGGGUUUGGAUAAUGUGAUAUCAAUGGCUGGGUAUCAUAGGCAAAAGCUGAUCUUAAGUUUGGUAAACAACUUUAACGAGUACGGAGGAAAGGCACAGUAUGUGGCUUGGGCCAACGAGAGGGGCCAAUCUCUAUCUUCCGAUGAUGAUUUCUUCACUAAUUCCGUAGUCAAAGAAUAUUACAAGAAUCACAUUAAGACUGUGCUUACGAGGAAGAACACCAUUACUGGAACUGCAUACAAGGAUGAUUCUACAAUAAUGGCUUGGGAGCUGAUGAAUGAACCCAGAUGUCCCUCAGAUGCGUCUGGAAAAAACCUACAAAAUUGGAUCAAAGAAAUGGCUGCCUAUGUGAAAUCCAUCGACAAUAAGCAUCUGCUACAAGUUGGACUGGAAGGCUUUUAUGGGCCAUCAAAUGCUGAAAAAAACCAGGGAGUGACUAGCGGCUCUCAAUUUGGGACUGAUUUCAUUGGCAAUAAUCAAAUUCCCGAGAUCGAUUUCACCACUGCUCACGCUUAUGCCGAUGUGUGGUUGAAUGGAACGAGUGAUGAAGAUCAACUCUCAUUUCUGAGAAAGUGGAUUGCAAUCCACAUUGAGGACGCGCAAAACAUUCUUAAGAAGCCUAUGAUCUUAUCAGAGUUUGGAAAGAGCAAGACAGAUCCCGGGUUCACCGUUGCAAAGCGGGACAAGCUGAUGAACACCGUUUACUCAGACAUUUACUCUUCCGCUAAAGGCGGGGGUGCAGCGGCUGGUAGCUUGUUCUGGCAGCUGUUUCCAGAAGGAAUGGAAAGUUACCAGGAUGGUUAUGCAAUCGUCUUCAGCGAGAGUCCCACAACAGCUGACAUCAUCAAUCAU